GGUACAUACACUCCUACCAUACCCAACUGCCUCUUGGUGGUUUCAUAGCAAAGGAAUCAAAGGAUAGCGAAAUAGCGGACAGGACGGACACUGAAUAGCUUAACACUCUUGCCUCUUUCCUCAAUAUAAAGAGAACUGCUGAUGUCAGGGACCAUAGGCAUAUCGAGAUUGGCAAGGGCUCAAACCUUCUCAUUCACUCCAGUAGCUAGAACUACGCAACGACUCCCUCAUGGCUACUGUCUAUCCCCUUGUAUACGCCAGCAUCGUCUUCAAAGAGUUAUAACCUUAGAAGGAUAUGACAAGCAUGUCGGACUUAUUCUCAGCACCAACACCAGAUCAAUAUCAACAUCCUCUGUUGCUCUCAAACGUCGUCCCCAGACAAUCCUUAAUAAGAUGGCCACAAAGCGUGAUCCCCAAAAAGCCUCUGCAAGCUCGACAAGUCAAAAAGCUACAAAGGCUCUUUCAGGAUCUGCAUCGAUAGAACACCCAACCUAUAUCACCACGCCCUCUAUAUCGGCCAAGGAAAUGGUCAAAGCAAUAGAGUCAAGUCGAUAUGGAUCUGCAGCGAAACUAACACCAUCGUGGACUCAGUCAAUACCAGAAUCAUCAGAAUCGUCAGAAUUAUCAGGAUCAAUGCCCGCAGGCUCACUGGGAGUCGAUCCGUUUGUAAAAGCAGUAGAUCCUUUUGCUAAUCAACUUGAAGCAGCCAUCGAAGCCAGCAAACGUAUCGCGGAUAUUCCUCAUGAGAAAGCUAUUGGCACCACAAAGAUGGUCGGUGUAGACAGCGCUCGAAUCCCAGAUGUUCAAGCAAAGUACUUGCUAGGCCCAGCACGAUGGGAAUCCGUCAUGGCAAAAAAUGUGAAGAUUAAAAAUGUUACUCCGAGAAAUAGACCCAAAAUCGCGACACUGGAACACGGUUUAGACAGAGUUCUAUUCAAUCCUGGCGUCCAUUGGCUGCAAGAUCCACGGUCGAUGGUAUACAACUUCGAUCCCUAUUUACGAUCGAUCUGUCAACCUGAAGAUUUCGAUUACGACGCUUUACCAGCUUACAAAACGUCUUCUCUGGAUCCAACUUUGUACAAAAUGGCUUUGAGUCAUAAAGCAAAGUACACUGGAUCAACAUCGUCUAUGACUACCAUCCUUUCACAGUUCUACUUUUUGAUUUCAGGAUGGAAACCACUUAAAACAAGUCAUCUCUCUGAAGCAUUUAAAUCACAGCCAAAAGGUUUCACCAGACUUUCUCGGGCACCCGCCACAAUCCAACUUGUAUAUAAAGGAAAGGGUGUUUAUGCAAUUGAUGCGGACAAAACAUUCGAUUCGUCAACAGUCCUCAUGCAGCUUGGUAAAUCAAUGGAGAAAAUGCUGACAUCGACUCCAGAAGAGUUUGCAAGGUUCACAAAGGCAAAUUCAUGGCAGGUGACGAAAGAAGAAAGAGAGCAACCUGAGGCCUUCAACUAUAUUGCAGUUGACAAGUUCCUUCUGCGAUCUCAAUUAGAUUGUGAGGAUCCUCGACUGCCUGGUAAAACCUUUGAUCUUAAGACUCGAGCAGCUGUAGCCAUCCGUCUCGAUGUCCAUAACUAUGAAUUAAACCAAGGAUACCAACUUAACAAGUUGCAUGGAUAUCUGGAGAGCUUUGAACGUGAGUACUACGACAUGAUGCGAUCAGCGUUCCUCAAGUAUAGUCUUCAAGUGCGUAUAGGACAGAUGGAUGGCAUCUUUGUGGCCUUCCACAACACGGCUAGAGUAUUCGGAUUCCAAUAUAUCUCUUUAGAUGAAAUGGAUUCACGGCUGUUUGGCACGAGCGUCAUGGGAGACGAGUGUUUCAAAAAUCAGCUCAGACUCUUGAACAGGACAUUAGAUGAAAUUACAGCAAAGUAUCCCCAUCAAGACCUCAAAAUUACAGUCGAUACAGACGAGACAAUUCAGACUAUGAAUGUCUGGGUCGAGACCAUGCCCUUAGGAGCAGCCUCGUCUCCAAAUGGACAGAAUGCAGAGGUUACUUUCGACGAAGAUGGUAUUCUAGAGAUGCAACCGGGUGCGGAACUAAGUUUGUGGCAAAUUGUUUGCUAUUCUGACAUCAAUGGUGUACCUACAGUUGGACCUUUCGAGUUGAGUGGACGCGCCGCAGAUAAAUGGGAACUCCGAUACAAGAUCGCGGAGCUGAAGAAACCUCAUAUGAUGAAUGAGUAUCGUCGCAUGAAAGCUAUCCAAGCUGAAAUCUUGUCAGAUGAUGAAGAACGGGAGUUUGCCGUCGCUGCUGCUGCUGCUGCGUCAGCUGGCCGCAAAAUUGACAAUAUUGAAGGCAUUGGGUUAGAGAAUAAACGUGAAAGAGUGGCCUCUAAGCGUGACCAAAUGAGGGCUAUGCUACGCCGAAUUAGUGAACAAGGCAGGGUCAAGCAAGAAAAUGAGGAGCGGCACCAGGCAGACAAAGAGUUUUUGGUAUGGGAACCUAAAGGUUAUACUAAAAUCAAGAAUCUUCCAAUGUCAUCGCCUGUGGCUGUUUCAGAACAACCUCUACCAAAAAAGGAGGAAUCCGAGGAUGUAGUUCAAUCCAAGGUUCAGUCCUCUUCCCAACCGUUCAUUAAAAAACCAGAGGAUGAAGUAGUCAUUGAACCAUCACCUACAUCAACAGCAACAAUAUUGUCAGCGCCGUCACCACCGCGGCAAGAAUCAAUAGCUGCUAGACUGGUGCGUCGACUGAGAGAGUCGGAGUCUGCAUCCACAACUGACUCUCUCUCUGAAAUCACGAUGGAUGCGCCUUCAUCUACGAUCCCUGCGGCCUACUAUCGUCGUGGUUAUGACAGCAAAUUGAUCAAGCUUGCUAUCAAAGACCUACUGCUUCUUCAAAAGUCAAUGUCCGGGCGGUUGGAAGACAAGGAGGAGCAGAAAAUGCUUGACAUCAUCAAAGAGAGACAUAGCUGGUUGGUGACUAGCUUAAACCCUUUCGAUGAGAUCCGACUCAAGCUGCUGCAAAUCCCUCCUAAUUUUGAAGAAUUCGGUCAGCUCGAUAGAGAACACUUGUUGCGUAUAUCGAGGCUAUUUGGCCAACCAACAUAUCUUCGGACAGACUUGCUCACGGAUUAUUCUCUGCGCCGUAAUUUGAUGCGGGUCACUCCAAAGUUCCGUUAUAGGCUCCAUUUGGACUACUUUCACAAUUGGAUUCACAAAGUUGCAACACAGAAGGGGGAUGCACAACCCUUCAAAAGCAUUAAUGAUUAUCUGUCCCUGGACGACGAAGAUGCUCUGAUGCGAACUGCGCAUGGAUUGAAUAUCACAAAUAAGAUGAUCACUACACAUGAGCUCGCUCAGGGUUUGGAUAGGAAGAAUGCAAUCAAGAAGGCUGUCCUCACCCAAAUCUUUUAUGCUGAGAAGGCUUUUACGGAUGCAGAGCUCCAAGCGAUCGGUUUCUACCCUAGAAUUUUUGAUGCUGACACAUUCAAAACGAGUCGAGAUAUCCUCAGGGGUAUUGGUAGAAACUACAAGGAUAUCAGUCAGCUUCCUAGGUGGGAUUCGCCCAAAGAAACCGUUUCCGAGUAGUCAAUUAGCAUAUUAUGAAAUGUAUCACAUAAAGA